AUGCACCCCUUUUCCAUCCUCACUCUCGGUAUCUUUGUAGCGGGCUAUAUCACUGCGCGGUGGGAUCUUGUUACGCGGCUAUACGAACUGGCCAUCUUUGCGUGGGAUCACGGUGUCGUGCCUCGAAAUGUCGACAAUGCACUACGUGCUGGAAUCCUCUUUCGCAACAGCCCUCACCCUAUUGCGCGGAUAUUCACGCUCUGUGGAAGGUCGACAAUGCAUGUUCUGGGAUCCACUAAUCCUCAAGAGCCGCCAUCAGCAUUUAACCCGGCCCAUCUCCAUGUGACAACGCAUCCGUCGUAUAAAGUCCCUCGGAUAUAUUGUCCGCCGGAGGCGAAUAUAUCUGUUCAGGUUAUCAUGUUUCAUCGUCCACAUCCGACCCGGAUGGAGUACAUGUCCCUGGAUCCGAUUUCCCUUGCUCUGGGGGAUAAAGCGUCCAUCGCUGAUAAACCAGAGGUUGUACCUUCGACCAUCGAUGCCGAAGAGGAGCGGGAUAGAGCAGUGCGGGGCAAGCUGGUCGAGAAGCUGAAAUUACACACAGUCGUCAAACAUAUGCCUUCGCCUAAGGAGCAAGCACUGCCUCUCAUCAUCAACCAGGUCAAUUGCGCUUAUGAAAUGGGAAAGUUGAUGGAAAAGAAUAGCCAUCUGAUUGGAAUUCGGGUUAAGCGAAGUAUGAGCGUGGGAGAACGAGUGGUCGAGUCGGCGACAACUCUCUGGGACCUCUUUGUCCUCGGUGUCUCAUAUGUGUUCUGGCAGUGGAUCUGGCCGGUGGCCACUCGUGUUUUCAUCAUCGGCCUCGUCUUCCAUCGCACGAUUGCCGAGGUUGUUCUGCAGAUACUUGAGUGGCGAGCUCGUCCUGAUGCAGCUGCUUUGAAAGACAUCUCUGCGACGGCUCAGCAGGUUGACAUUCGACUCCAGCAAUUUUGCUACUGGCCGAUACAGUACGUUAAGCUGCGCCAGAGGAAAGAUGACUGGGAGAGUGUGACCACGAGUCAUCCGGAUUACAUCCGUUUUUACAACAGCUUGUGGCUCGUUGCCAAUGAUGUGAUCAUCGGUAUUGCGCUGGGAUCAUACAUCAUCGACAACGCCAAUUGGGUGGCUUUCCAAAUCAACAGUGUCCUCACUGGCUGGACAGUAGAAGGCUUGCAGAGGACGAUAUCGUGGUUGAUGGACUGGCCGGCCGGCUUGAAGCUUAAUAACGAACUUGCUGCAUUCUUGGGUGACCUCUUUCUCUGGGUCAUUGAAAAUUGGGCCGGUAUGCAUUUUCUUCUACUAGACCUAUUGUUCUCUUUCGCUAAAUUUGGUGCAGCUUGCAUUGCGAAUCUACAGCCUUACCUCCCGCAUGUCAUAUACGUCGUUGGGUGCUCGAGUUUCGCCGGAGCGAGCAUGCCGAUCGCCCUUUUUUCCGAUCUCGUCUCCAUUCUAACCGUGCAUAUCUACUCGUUCUACGUUGCGUCCGCCCGCAUAUUCAAUUGGCAGCUUACUAUCAUCAUAUCUCUCUUUCAUCUCUUCCGCGGCAAGAAGCGCAACGUCCUUCGGCAUCGAAUAGACUCGUGUGAUUACGACCUUGAUCAGCUUCUGCUUGGCACUAUUCUCUUCACAGUCCUCUUCUUCCUUCUGCCGACUGUGAUUGUAUUCUAUCUAACGUUUGCCUCUGCGAGAAUGUUGAUCAUCUCGCUAAAAGCGGCACUCGACACAUGUUUGGCUUUUCUCAACCAUUUCCCUCUAUUUGCGUUGAUGUUGCGCGUGAAGGAUUCCCGACGGUUGCCAGGUGGCAUUCGUUUCGAACUACGCGAGGAACAGGACAGGUCUCUUCAUCCUUACUCCGCUGUCCCUUAUAUCCAUCUCGAGUCGAUUCCACUUUCCCUGCGCGCCAUGUUCGACCAGUACUUCCAACUGGGCCACCGUCUUCGGAAACACUAUCUUUCUCCGCGCGUGAUAUUUUGCCUCUUCACUGGCCGUUUUGUGCCUCCUAUCCACCGCCGUAACCUAUACAGUAUGCAGUACAGCAUGCUCCCUGCGCAUCGGGCCGGUAUGGCCGAGGUGUGGUCUCUGCUGACCCAGCCCCGAAAAACAAGCAGUGGUAGCAGUGGCUCUUCUUCGAUGGGAGGGGUCACGGCUGCCAAUGGGUUAGUUAGGAUUCCAUCGGGGUUUGGUCAAGGAGAUGUCAGACGACGGGGCUACCGCUAUUAA